UAACAUGCGCGCAUGCGUACAGUUUAUGUAAUAGUUUUGACGUUAAUUUGAUUUCAAUGAAAUCAUAUAUCAUUUCUUUAAUAUUAUUAUUUUAAAAGAAUGUGUUUUAAAGUUUAUAAUUAAAAAAAAAAAAAAAAAAAAUUCUGGCAGAGCGGAGCUUAGUAGUCAAAUGUGUUAUUGUUAUGGCCGAGUAGAAGACAAGUAUAAUAUUUUUCAGUUUUAAAUAUCUAUACAAUUGUCUAAAAAUAAUUUCAUUCGUAAACGUUAAUAAACAAAAGCUAAGAUUUUACUUAUUACAUAAGUCAAUCAAUUGCUUUUUAAUUUUGAAAAGUAAAUGCUGUGCAUGUGCGAGAGAAAAAGAAUUUGUUUUUAUAUAAACUUGGACAUUAAUGAAUUAAUGAAUCAAUCGGUAUUUUCACAAUACAACGAAUGUGUUUAGAAUCUCUUAUAAAUUAAAAAAAAAAAAAAAUUUUUUUUUUUUUUUUUGUUAAUUUGCAUUUACGGCGUCAGGAGAUUGAUUAACAAUUAAAGUAAACUGAACUUGGAUUUAAAAGUAUUUGUAAUUUUGCUCCAAAACGUUUAAUAGAGUUGUACUACUAUGGAUACCGGAAGCGUGAUCAGUGAACCCAUAUCUCCGGCACAUCGUGCAUUCGCUAAACAAAAAUCGGCUUCCAUGACUUUUCUGAAUCCGAAAUGUACUGCCAAAUAUAGUGUUUAUCAUGCCAAUGCUGAGAAUAAACCUUUUAAACAAACUGAGCUAAUUGCUAUAUCGCAAAACGCUACCACUGGUAGACGGCGCAAGGGCGCUUCACUGUGCGGUACGCUUACCACGCGAUCGAAUCGCAGCGAAUCUAAGGAAUUACGUUCAGCUUUGCAAGACAGAGAAUCGGUUAUACAAAACUUGCGUAUACAAUUAUGCCUUAGUAAAUUGCCUCGCCCGACGGGACCACCCAUAGACGAGGCCGAGAAACCGGCCGCUGAACAGAAAUUGCAAAAAUUGAAAAUUGAAACUGAGAAUAAAAAAAUCAAAAUACGAAAUUUGAAAAGCGCUCUAGAAAGACUCGACAUCACGGAUAAUAUCGAUGUACGCAUACGACAAGCCGAAUUGGAAUAUGCCUUGGGCCGUGAAGAGUUGCAAUUAUUAUCGAUUGUUGAGGAAGUACGCGCUUUACAGGCCAGACUAGAGAAAUCGAAACUGGAGCCUCAUAGUCUCUACAGUAAACUGUCUUCCGGUGUCGCUUUAAGCUUACAUGCUGUCCAAGCAAGUACCGGACGCUGGUCCGUUCAAGAAAUACCCGAAGCGUCAGGGGCUUUUUAUAUCGAAUGGGCCUUAGAUGGCGAUGGUCUCUACAAAGGUGAUCGCAUCCUUGAGAUAAAUGGCAAACUGGUCACUUGUAAAACCAAAGAAGAUUUACAAAAGCUAGUCGGCAUUACCGGUAAAAGUCAAAUGGUAGUGUUGCGUAAAAAGCCUGCCCCAAUACCGCAAAAGCAACUUGAUCAAGAGAAGGAAAACAAUACCCGCUUGCAACACAGAAUCUCGUAUCUGGAAGAACAGGUGAAAGAGUUGCAAACAGCCAAACAAGAACAUGAUCAACAACUCCAACAGCAUCAGCAUCACAGCCAACAACAAAAUAAUCAAAUUAAUUGUGCAACAAGCGGUCAUGUUACCAGCAUAAGUAUAUCUUCACCAUGCACGACACCGCCGUCUGAUAAGCCUCUGAUUUUUCAAAGAGGCAAUUACAUAACCACUUUAGUGGGGGGUAAGCCUAUCGAAUUGUUAGGCGAUGAGCCAACAGAACAAGAGACCAAACAAAUUGUGUUAAGUAAAAGUAAAUCAACUGCGCAUAUAACUAAAACUAUAAUUCGAGAGAAUAGUCGACACGAUUUAAACCUACUAAUGGCGACUAAAUCAGGAUUAACGGCUUCGCGAAUGUCUUUGCAUAAUGAAAGAACAACUUACGGGACGCAAUCCGAAAAUAAGCGGGAAAGCAAAGAUAAACAAAGAGAACGUUCCGACAAGUCGUUAAGUCAUCCUCUAAAGGCUCAAGGCCAAAUGCAAAUGUUGGCACGCAGUGUUGAGCAGUUAAACCAACAGAACAGACAAUUGGAACGCCGACGCGAUAUGCGCCACAAUGAUAUUCAAACGUUACGUACACGUUUACCGCCCACAGAUAUGCGAAGUGUUCAAUCUUUGAAUUUUGACAGUGAUAAUGAUACGAUUAAGACAAAAGCUCGUAUCACUAACGGCGAAACUAUAUCGGAAAUACGUGCGCAUCGACCUACGCCACCCAAGAAACCUUUACGUCUUUCGUUGCAAAGGGCGCAAAGUCUACAGACUGUCGAGCUAACUGCCAAUAUGGAUAGCGAGCGCAAACGCACUGCUAUGAAACGAUCUCACAUCAACGACAAGUCUACAAUGAAUUUAAAUAAAGCGGAGAGUUUACUCAUCGAAAAUUGUAAACCCGCUGCUCUGCACACAGCGUCUUUGGGACGUCAAAGGCAUCAAAUUUGAAAGAGUUCGCAGAGAAGAAAAAACAAUAAAAUCUCUUUUUUCUAAAAAACGUAAAGAGAACAUUUAUUUGUACUUCGGAGAGACUGAUAAGCAAGCGAAUCGAAAGUAAGAGGCAAUUAAAAAACCAUCCGAGAUAUAAACUAGAGGCAAUUUUUAUAAAAUAAUUUUUAUAUAUGUUUAGUUUAAACCGUUAAAUAGAUAUACAUAC